AUGGCGACGAUAAAAGCUCCGGUCAAGCCCCUAGUGGUAGUGCUGGGCUCUACUGGCACAGGUAAAUCAGAUCUAGCUGUAGAACUCGCCACUCGCUUCAAAGGAGAAAUCAUCAACUCGGAUGCCAUGCAGCUCUACAAUGGCCUCCCCAUCAUCACCAAUAAAAUAACACCGGCUGAGCAAAAAGGCAUUCCUCAUCACCUCCUAGGCCAUAUUCCCCUUCACGACCUCCCUUGGGACGUAGAGGACUACAAGCGUGAAGCCACCAAAGUCAUUAGUGAAAUCCGUUCCAGGGGAAACUUGCCUAUUCUCGUGGGUGGAACGCAAUAUUACGUCGACCCAUUGCUGUUCUCCGAUGUUAUUCUCGAUGAAGUCCAGCAAACCGGGUCGUUCCCAAUUCUCGAACAACCAACAGAAGUUCUGCUAGACGAGCUGCGGAAAUGCGAUCCCGUCAUGGCAGCCAAAUGGCAUCCCAACGACCGGCGUAAAAUCAUGCGCUCCUUGGAAAUCUAUUUACAGACUGGGAAGCCUGCAUCGAAAUUCUACGCAGAGCAAGAAGAGCGCAAAGCAUCUAUAGCCAGCGGCAAAGUUCCGCCCACCCCAUGGGAGAAGCUCUUGUUCUGGGUCUAUUCAGACAAACAAGUUCUCACAGAGCGUCUCGACGCUCGUUGCGACAAGAUGCUCAAUUCUGGGUUGCUUGAUGAAGUCCACGAAUUAUACGACUUCAAGAAGAAAAUAGACCAAACAGGUCAAAUCACGGACAUGACAAAGGGAAUAUGGCAAUCCAUAGGCUACAAACAAUUUGAGCCAUAUCUCCAAGCUGUUGAAGCAGGCCAAGACGCCAAAGAGAUUCAAAAGUUAAAACUAGCGGGCUUGGAGGAUAUGAAGGCUGCUACAAGGCGGUACGCAAACUACCAGACGAAAUGGAUCCGCAUUAAACAGAUGCGACGCCUACAGGAUCAGGGUCCCAAGGCAGUCGGCAGCUUAUAUCUAGUUGACAGUACGGAUGUAUCUCAGUUUCAGACGAACGUUAUCGAACCAGCGGCCAAACUGGCGGAGUUGUUUCUAAAGGGAGAGAAGCGGCCUGCUCCGGUAGACAUUUCCGAGACAGCGAAAGAAGUACUCUCAAGUGCGGUUGAGCUGCGGCCACAGGAGACACCUAUACAGAGGACAUGUGAAGUGUGCCGGACUGUGCUGGUGACGGAACAGGCGUGGCAGAGGCAUGUUCAAGGCGCGGGGCAUAGACGAGCCGUCAAGAAAAAGGCAAGGCUUGCUCUUGUUUCUGUUGAUGACAAAGCUCGAGGGAAUACUGGAAAUGAAGCAGAGGCUAAAUCGGAUGCAUCACGAGAGUCAAGUCCUGAUAUAGCCUCAAUAUUUUCCAAUUGA